AGUGAUAUUUGCUUCAGAAAUCAAACGUUUUCCACAACAGCAGCAGCUCUUAAAUAAAACAAAAAUUCAGUAUUACCCGUAAUUUGCACAACAACAAAAACCCAAAAGCAAAAUAUGGAGCUGCGAUUGCGUUACAGGCUAUUUUCUCAGCCAACGGCCGUUUUCGUGGUGGCUUGCCUGCUGUGUUGUGCUGCAAGAGAUUUGCCGGAAUCUUUUGACAAAUGCAAAAGGGAUGCGAAUUUUGACAAAUGCCUGGUGGAUGCAGUAAAUAAAGCGAUACAAAUAUUAAAGACGGGUAAUAAGGAAUUUGAGAUACCCCCUCUUGAGCCGUUACAAGUGAAAUCGCUGGUUAUAGAUGCCGGUACAGCUCCAAUUAAUAUGAGGCAAACCUUUAAGAAUGUGGUGGUAACGGAUAUGAUUUCAACCAGUAUAAUUAAAAGAUAUAGGACUGAUUUAGAUAAGUAUCUGAUUAUAUGCGACAGUGUUACGGAUCGCAUACAAAUGGUUGGCGACUAUGAAAUGUCGGGACGCAUUCUUUUACUACCUAUUACGGGCAGCGGGCGUGGCAAUGUGACACUAGUCAAUACCAAAAUUGAGCAUCGUUUGAUUGGAGAACCGUUCGAAAAGGACGGUAUUCCAUACAUGCGCCUUAAGGAAUAUCGAGUUAACUUUGAACCAAAACGUGUCUACAUGCAAUUUGAAAACCUCUUCAACGAUCCCCUGCUGUCACAAACAAUGAAUCGUUUUAUGAAUGAGAAUUGGGAAGCAGUCUUCAACGAACUGAAAGUCGGCUAUGCGAAAAGCUUUGGCAAGAUUUUUAAGGAGCUUUCUAACCGAAUAUUCGAAAAAAUUCCCAUGGAUACAAUAUUUUUGAGAUAAUUUUGUCCCAUUCAUUGUUGUUGUUAAAAUUUAAGUAUUAUUUUCUGUAUGAAUAUAUAAAAGUUCAAAAUGAA